AUGCGCCCCUCUUUGAGGCCCCACAAAGCUCCAGCGCGCCACCGGGCAGGAGGCGACCGGAGGCAUGGUGGACCACCGGGGGUGGACGGUGGUGGCAGCGCGGGAGGCCUGUCCCUUCCGAGUCCCUACGCGCCCCUCUCCGAGGCCCCUUUAAGCCCCAGCGCACCACCGUACAGGAGGCGCCGGAGGCAUGGCAGACCGCCGGAGGCGGGCGGUGGAUGCGGUGGCGGUGCGGGAGGCCUACUCCAUCUGAGCUCCUGCGCACCCCUCUCCGAGGCCCCUCCGAGCACCAGCGCGCCACUGGUCAGGAGGCGGCCGGAGGUACGGUGGACCACCGGGAGCGGGCACCGGCAGCGGCGGCAGCGGUGCGGGAGGCCGGCCCCCUUCGAGCCCCUGCGCGCCCUUCUCCGAGGCACCUCCGAGCCCCUGCACGCCCCCUCCUCCGUCUUGCCGAGGUGGAGAGCAGGGCCACGCGCCGUCCUCCUUUUCUGCUCCACCAGAGCAGGAUCCGACGCGGAGGAUUUUGGAUCCGGCGAGGAGGUGCCCGGAUCUGGCGAGGAGGAGAUCGGAUCUGGUGAGCGGAGCGGAGCUCCACUCGGCAGCCAGCCCCCGACGGCGGGCUCGGUGGCGACCCCCGCCGGCGGAUCCAAGGGGCGGGGCUCGGCGGCGCGCUCCCCCGCCGACGGAUCCGGGCGAUGGGGCGCGGCGGCGUGCGCCCCCGAUGGCGGAUUCGAGACGGCGGCGGCGUGA